GCUGCCGCCUCUCGCCCAGUGAUCCCCGCUGCGCGCGGUCGCCAUGGCCUUCGCCACCCGCCACUUCGUGCGCGCUGCUUCCUCCGCCGCCGCCACAGCGGCCGCCAAGAAGCUGAUCGUCAAGCAUGUGACGGUCAUCGGCGGCGGCCUCAUGGGCGCCGGCAUCGCCCAGGUUGCAGCAGCCAGUGGUCACACUGUGGUGUUAGUAGACCAGUCAGAGGAAAUCCUUAAGAAGUCUACAAAAGGAAUUGAAGAGAGUUUGAAGAGAGUGACAAAGAAGAAGUUUGCAGAUAAGCCUGAGGCUGGUGCUGAGUUCAUUGAGAAGACCUUAAAGAACCUCACAACAAGCACAGAUGCAGUAGCAGUGGUCCACAGCACGGAUUUGGUGAUAGAAGCUAUUGUCGAGAACCAGGAAAUUAAAAAUGAACUCUUCAAGCAACUGGAUAAGUUUGCUCCAGAGCAUACAAUAUUUGCAAGCAACACUUCAUCCUUGCAAAUCACACAGUUGGCUAACUCAACCACGAGGCAGGACCGAUUUGGUGGUCUCCAUUUCUUCAAUCCUGUGCCUAUGAUGAAGCUUGUGGAGGUCAUUAAGACUCCAAUGACCAGCCAAAAAACUUUUGAGUCACUUGUGGAUUUCAGUAAAGCAGUAGGAAAGAGUCCUGUCAGUUGUAAGGAUACUCCAGGGUUUAUUGUGAACCGUCUGUUGGUGCCAUAUAUGAUGGAAGCUGUUCGACUUUUUGAAAGAGGAGAUGCAUCAAAGGAAGAUAUUGAUGUUGCUAUGAAGCUUGGGGCUGGCUAUCCCAUGGGUCCAUUUGAACUGCUGGACUAUGUUGGGUUGGAUACCAGCAAAUACAUUAUAGAUGGAUGGCAUUCGUUAGAGCCCAACAACCCUCUUUUUGCACCCAGCCCACUCCUGAAUAAACUGGUACAAGAAAAGAAGCUGGGUAAGAAGACUGGAGAAGGAUUUUACAAAUACAAAUGAACUUCAAACCUUGAGAGGUGUUAAACAAUCUGUGUAUGCUAUUCAGCAUUGCUAUAUUACAGGUGAAUUGUGUUAAAACCUUCCCAAGGGUGGCACAAGCUGCAUUUAGAACAUAUAACCCACCUCUGAACUGAGUGAUUGCACUAGCUAACUAUUUCUAUGGUAAAAGCUUAAUUUGGUAGAUUAUUUUUUUCUUGUAAUUCUGAAAAGCCUUAUAUGUACAGUGCCUUCAUGCAAAUGCUGAUUUUCCAGGUGCAGGACAGAAUGCAAAGCAAAUUUAUGUAUUUGAAACAUUAUUAUGUUGACGGGGAAAAUCCUGAAAAUAACCGCACUUUCUUAAAAAUAAAAUUUUCAACAGUUCUAUA